GCACGGCCGAAUCCUACCGUUUGCUCCGGAAAAUCUUACCGGAUUGCCCCUCCAGCUUAUAUAUUUACUACCCAGACCUUCUCGAGAACCGAACCAUCCCUUAAUCCACCUUUCGAUACAUACUUUCCCCAAUCUGCACCAUGACUGUCCUCAAUUUGGUUCCGUUGCCGGCUGACGAGAUCUUCGCUCUGAACCGCGAAUACGCCAAUGACACCUUCCCCCAGAAGGUCAGCCUCGGAGUCGGUGUCUACCGCACUGACGAUGGCAAGCCCUGGCCUUUGCCCGCUGUGCGCAAGGCUGAGCAGCAAUUGCUCGCCGAGGACAACCUCUUCCGACAUGAAUACACUGCCAUUGAGGGCGACAUCCCCUUUCUCGAGCUGGCUCGAGACCUGAUGUUCGGUUUCGACGCCAAAAACCUCUGCGAGGAACAAAAGGCGCUGAAGGGCCGAAUUGGCUCCGUUCAGGCUGUGGCAGGCACUGGUGCCAACCACCUGGGCGCUCUGUUCCUGGCCCACAAGAUGAACCCCAAGACUGUCUGGCUGUCCGACCCCUCUUGGGCCAACCACGUCACCAUCUGGGACCUCGUGGGCGUCCCCCGCAAGACCUACCCCUACUACAAGGCCGAGACUCGCUCCUUCGACUUCGAGGGCAUGAUGUCCACCCUUGAGUCUGAUGCCCAGGAAGGUGAUGUGAUCCUUCUGCACGCCUGCGCACACAACCCAACUGGUUUGGACCCGAGCAAGGAGCAGUGGAAGGCCAUUGCCGAUCUUUGCGAGCGCAAGAAGAUCUUCCCCUUCUUCGACUCGGCAUACCAGGGCUUCGCUUCCGGAUCUGCGGACGAGGACGCCUGGGCGGUGCGCUACUUCCUCCACGAGAAGCCGCACAUGGAGAUGUGUGUCGCGCAGAGUUUCUCCAAGAACUUCGGUCUCUACGGCCAGCGUGUCGGCGCCUUCCACUACGUACUUGGUGAGGGGUCUCAAAACUUGCGCGAUCUCGUGGUCAACAACCUCUGCCACUUCAUCAGGGGCGAGUUCUCCAUGGGCCCUACCGGUGGCUGCUCGAUCGUCAAAAAGGUCCUGACCAACGACGCGCUGAGCACGCAAUGGCACGACGAUCUGAAGGUUAUGAGCUCGCGCAUCAAGGCCAUGCGGGCUGCUCUCUACGAUGAGCUCGUGAGACUUCAGACUCCUGGAACAUGGAAGCACAUCGUCGAGCAGAACGGUAUGUUUUCCUACACCGGCCUCACCACCACCCAGGUGCUGGCUCUGAAAGAGAAGUUCCACGUCUACCUCAUCAAAUCUGGCCGGGCCUCCAUCAGCGGCUGUAAGCUUACCCACCCUAGCAUUUCCUCUGCACAAUCUUACUAACACCCCAUCUCAGUGAGCCAGAAGAACGUCGCCUAUGUGGCGGAGGCCAUCGACUACGUCGUCCGCAACGUCAAAUAAACGCACAUGGCAAGGAAGCCCCCACACCUCGGAGCGAGAGAUUUAACUCCUCGCUACCACUCACCUAUUUCACCCGACAUAUAUACAACCAUUACACGCUUCAACGCACCACAUAAAACCCCCAUAUAGAAUCACGAGGAAACGUAUACGAGAUGAUGUACAGAUAGUUUGGGGCUAGCACUAGAUAUUCAAGAUAGACCUACUACUUAGAAUUGAUCGGC